UCCUAGGCCAGCCUGUCAGGUUGGAGGGAGUCUCCGCGCCCAGCUCGCGCUCAGGAAGCAUGGCACUCUGGCGGGCAUACCAGCGGGCCCUGGCUGCUCACCCGUGGAAAGUACAGGUCCUGACAGCUGGGUCCCUGAUGGGCCUGGGUGACAUUAUCUCACAGCAGCUGGUGGAGAGGCGGGGUCUGCAGGAACACCAGAGAGGCCGGACUCUGACUAUGAUGUCCCUGGGCUGUGGCUUUGUGGGCCCUGUGGUAGGAGGCUGGUACAAGGUUUUGGAUCGGUUCAUCCCUGGCACCACCAAGGUGGAUGCACUGAAGAAGAUGAUGUUGGAUCAGGGGGGCUUUGCCCCGUGUUUUCUAGGCUGCUUUCUCCCACUGGUAGGGGCACUCAAUGGACUGUCAGCCAAGGACAACUGGGCCAAACUACAGCGGGAUUAUCCUGAUGCCCUUAUCACCAACUACUAUCUAUGGCCUGCUGUGCAGUUAGCCAACUUCUACCUGGUCCCCCUUCAUUACAGGUUGGCCGUUGUCCAAUGUGUUGCUGUUAUCUGGAACUCCUACCUGUCCUGGAAGGCACAUCGGCUCUAAGCCGGCCUCACUUCAUCGUUUCCACCUUGCAGUGAUGCAGCUUGGCCCUGGAACGGUCAGACAACUUCCUAAAGUGGGCACACUAGUUUCCACAGGGUUGGGUUGCCAGUCAGAACUUAAGAGGACUAGCACCCUGCAAUGCUCCCUUCACUCUAAAAUGUGCACUGACUGCUUUAGAGCCCUUGAUAAUAGUCUUAUUCCCACCACAUACUAGGCACUCCAUAAAUAUCUGUUGAACUUUCAUGACCUUAUCAACUUUACACACAUAUCCCAGCAAAUGCCACUCAUCCCCACUCUUCAUAGACACAUUUGUUACUCUAACCCUGCCUAGCCUUGUAGCUCCAGCUCUUCAGAGACCCCCGGAACCCUUUAUAUGAUGCCUCAGUAAAUAUGUUAUUAAAUGUGUAAUCCGG